AUGCCGCCGUUGCCACAACUACCGCCACCCAAAACACUUGAUCCCGCCCAAGCUCUCGAACUGAGGUUACGAUGGUUGGAGGCCGUAUUAUUUGGAGUCAGAGGUGGUAGAGAAGGGAAGGAUAGAUUCGUAGAGAAGGCGGGUGCGGGCGGUGAUACGCUUGUACGGAGCGCAGGAGAGUUGCAGAAGAGGAUGGACGAGAUUAUAUCGGCUCAUGAUAGUUUGCGGCGUUUCGUUGACCAUUACCAACAACAUGGGCAUCUUCUCACACCAGCGUUUGCGCUCAGUGGCUCCUUACCAGCCACGCCGGCGUACGAGGGCAUGAGUCCAGCAGAGCUGGACGCUUUCUUGACUGAGCUGGAACCUGAUGUCCGUGCAGCGGACCGGGAUAUGCGUGAGAUUGCUUUGCUCGAAGAGAAAGGUGUGGCAGGCGCAGGGAAAUUGCCCGACUACGAGCCCCUGCAACCACGAUUAGAUGCCCUCGUAGAUAAGUACGCCGAGGACGCGGCCACAGCAGGGAAGCUUGAGAACAGAGUAGCAGCGCUGAUCCAACAAUAUGCCACUCAGGUUGAUAGCUUAUCGGAGUUAUUCGUGGAAUGGGACGAUGUCUUGCGUGAAGCGGAGAACCGCAUAACCCAAUUAGAACGCGACAAGGCUGAGCGAGAAAGGCUAGGGUACGAGUAA